CGGGUUACAGCAACGAAAUAAAAAGUUCCGCGUUUCAUAUUCCUUUCUGAUUUAUCACUAGUUGUGGAUUAAUGCAAAUAGGUCAGUAGAUAAAUGUAUUUUCGUUGACGUGUUAUUAUUAUAUUAUCAUGGAUAAAGUUGCUUAACGAACAUUAUAUAGCUGUAUCUAAUAGCUUGUAUAGCAGCUGGUGGCAAAAGGUACAUUUCCGGUAAAUUUCCACGAAAAUUUUCAACGGACUGUUUGCAAUGUUGGGAAUUUUAAAAGCACUUCUGUAUUUUUAAUGUGGAGAAACACGGUCCUCUUUUUGAAAGGAGCCAUUCUUUAUACUUCAGCAAUACAUAUAUUACAUUUGCUACAUCAAGACAGGAUACCAUUGUUAACGAUAUCCUCCCUAGUGAGUAAGGGGGAAGAAUGCCACGUUUAGUAUCAGAUGUGUGGAAGCAUUUCACCCCAGCCAUUAACGACGAUGGGAAGACUAUGUACAUGUGCAACUACUGUACAAAGCAGUAUGUAAAGAAUGCCACAAAGUUGCAGGUGCAUUUAACCAAAUGCAAAAAUGCAACAUUAUAUCAAAGCGCACAAGAACCAUUGUUCUGCCAUACAAUGGAAGACCAUAGCCAGAAAAAUGCUGAUGAGUGCCUGGCUCGAGCUGUAUAUGCCACAGGCUCACCCCUCAUGCUCAGUGAGAAUGUGUACUGGAAGAGAUGUUUCAAUGUUAUUUGCCCUGGAUACUCUCCUCCGAACAGAGAUGCUCUGUCUACUCAUUUACUGGAAGCUGAGUUCAACAGAGUGCAAGGAAAGGUGAAGGAAACAAUAGAGAAAGCAGACAGUGUUGCCGUUGUCUCCGAAGGGUGGUCAAAUGUACAAGGUGAUGGCAUCAUAAACUACAUAGUCUCUACUCCUCUACCAUUGGUUCUCAAGACAACAGACAAAAAGGACAACACACACACAAGCACGCACAUUGCUGAUGAGCUGAAGGCUGUAAUCAAUGACGUUGGACCACAGAAGGUGUUUGCUGUUGUUACUGAUAGUGCCGCAAACAUGAAGGCUGCCUGGGCACAAGUGGAGGAGGCCUACCCUCACAUUACACCUAUUGGGUGCAUGGUUCAUGGGCUUAACCUACUUAUCAAGGACAUCAUGAGUUUGCAAACAAUGGAAACGCUAUACAAGACAGCCAAGCAAGUUGUACAGGAUGUCAGGAGCAAAGAGGAAGUGUCAGCAACAUACAGCAAUAAAAAUACAAAGAAAAAUAACUCCACACUGAAGCUGACCUGCAACAUUAGAUGGGCUGGGGUUGUCACCAUGUACAGCAGCCUUCUGAAAGACAAGGAGUCUCUGCAAGAAAUGGCAAGAUCACAGUCUGUGGAAAUUGAAAUCUCCAUCAGGAAAAUACUGCUUGAUGAUGUGUUUUGGGAGAGAUUGGUUCGCAAUCUUACGCUACUCUCACCGAUCGCAUUUGCCAUUGAUCAGAUUGAAGGAGAGGAUGCUGUCUUGUCAGAUGUUCUCAGGCUUUUUGCUGAUUUAAAAGACAAAAUCAGCACAGCCCUCCCUUCAGCCUUGCUACUCAACACAGAGGAGACGGCAGUUGUUCGAUUUCUGGAGCUGUGUGGAGAGUUUUGUAUCAAGCCAAUUCACGCAGCAGCAUACAUGCUGGAUCCAAAGCAUAUUGGGAAACAAAUACUUUCUGGAGAACAGAUCAACAGCGCAUACUAUGUGAUUUCUACCCUCUCACACCACCUCAAUCUUGAUGAGGGCAAAGUUCUGGCAAGUCUGGCAAAGUUUUCUACCAAGCAAGGCCUUUGGAAUGGGGAUGGGAUAUGGCAAUCAUGCCAGCACAUUUCUCCCUACACCUGGUGGAAGGGUCUCUGUGCAUCUGAGGCCCUGUCACCCAUCGCCUCUGUGAUCCUUCAGAUCCCACCAACAUCAGCAGCUUCUUUGCGCCUCAGAGCAUUCUUUGGGAAAACCAAAAGAAAGGUGGGCAACAGUCUAACAAACAACAGAGUGGAGAAAUUGGUGGCUAUUAGGGCGAACCUUAACCUUUUUGAGCCAGGAACAGAACUAGGGUCCAGCACACAGCUUCAGAGUGACACGAAGGAGGAAAUGGACAUUAAAUCAGAGUCUGAGUGAACAACUAAGGAUGAAAAAGGGGCAAAAUAUGAACAACGAGCUUAAUAAGUGGACAGGUCUUCUUUUUUUUUUAGAUGCCUUUUUUUGGGGGGGGGUGUUAGGUGCACAUGAUAAAUAAUUUGAAGUUUAUAGUUUUGUUAAAAUAAUGUUUUUGGGAUGGAUAAUUUGAGCAAUGUUACAAAGUAGGCUACAAGUACAAUGUUAGGCUACUGUUGGAUUCUAGCUUGAAAUAUACUUAUUCAUGUUACCAUACCAGAACUUAUUGAUUACUUUACAUGUAUAAGGAAUGUAUAUGUUAGGGUCAAUGAAGGGUACAGAGGAACUUUGUGUGUGGAAAGUUACUGAGUGAUAUGGAAAGUUACUGAGUGAGAAAAGGGGAAGUGCAGAAAGUUGAUAUUCUGUUCAAAUAUGUUAUUGUUCCUAAGGAGGGAGGCAAAGGGCAACAGUAGUCUAGUUUUAGUACCUGAUAAGGCAGGCCAGUUGCUGCGGAACCAGGACCAUGAGGGAUGUGGAACUCAACUCGAGAUAAGGUCAACAGUUGAAGAGAAAAGACACUGCUGGGAGGGGGGCCACAGAGGCCCACCAUGAAGGCCAUCUGAACACAGUCCUAUCUCACGCACACAUAUUUCCACACCCAUGAGGGUCCUAGACUUAGGCAGGGCCAUGACAAUACCAGUAAGAGGAACCUACUAUGUUUCUGCCUAACAACAUACACUACUUUUCUAUCUUAGACAUGCAAGGAGAUGACUCUGCCUAGUUGGAAGGUAUAAAGAUGGGCUUGUGUGACUUGUAUGUUGUCUUUGCAGCUGUAUGACCCAGUGGGUGAAUAAACUUGGUUUGAGCUUU